UACUCGUUACUUUGAUCUCUGGUGCAUUGUCGGACCCUAACCCGGAUGUAGACGGCCUUUUAAGGUCCCACCGCUCGCCGUGUUUUCGGUAGAAAGCCACACAACAAUCUCAUCCCCAUUCUCUUUUAACUCGCCUCGCAAUGUCAGCCCGCGCCCUCUGGUACGUGGCUGCGACGAAAAAGUCUGCCAAAAACAUCUUGUACAUGCACUGCAAUGUCAAGCCGGGGGCAAGCAAGAACCGCGAGGGCAUUACCUCGGUAAACGAUGAGGCAGUUGAGAUAUGCGUGGCCGCGCAAGCGCGCGAAGGGGAAGCCAACAAAGCCGUGAUUCGGGUGUUGAGCGAGGUACUAGACCUCCCCAAAUCAGACCUCCAGAUUACCCAGGGCCUCAAGUCUCGGAACAAGACGGUUGCUGCCGUCGGUUCCUGGGUCAACUCGGGCGAGGAGGAGUGUCUGAAGCGGGCGAGGGAAUGUCUCGACAAGGCCAUGGAGAACUCUUGACAUGUGAUUCUCCCGAAACCUCCCUCGCGCUGCCUCUGAAUCGGGACGCGCCCUUGGUUAUACUGAUCGCUGGUCUCGUCCUCCGAGGUUCUGGGACAUACCAAGCCGUAACCCCAGGUUU